AUGGAAAUCAUUUUCAGCCGAUGGAAUCCUCAAUGGCGAGCCCAAUUUCGUGCCAUCCAAGCCGAUCUCGGCGGCGGUCUCAAAAAGAACCGAGUCUCAUAUCUCACGAUUGAGCACGUGGGGAGCACGUCAAUAGCCCAUCUUGUCGCGAAGCCGAUGCUUGAUAUUCUUAUCGUUGUCGCCGACGCAGACUUCAAUGACAGUCAUCGAGAGAGACUCAAGGAAGUGUUGUGUUUCAGCUGGGAUUUGCAUCACGGAGGCUAUUCGUACAAAGGCGAAUCUAGCAUCAAAGGCCGAUGGAACUUCACGCUUCAAGGCGUGAUACCCGAGCGGAAAAUCGCAGUCGUGGCGGAGAACAGCAUUUAUCGGAGGAGCUGCUUGGCAUUCAGAGAUACGUUGAAGACACAGUGGGAAUUGCGCGAGCAGUAUAGUCAGGUCAAGCAGCUCUUAGCGCGGACAGAGAUCCAGCGCAUCAUGCAAUAUUCUACGGCUAAGAAUAAAAUCGUAAGCAAGGUCCUGAAAAAGGCCGGAUGGACUGACGAAGAGGUUGAUGAGAAAGAAGGCAUGGUGAAGAAAUGGUAUCCUGAGAUUUGA